AAAGGAAAAUGGCGGAGGGUGAUUCCUCAAUCCCUUUGAAAAAAAAAAUAAAAUUAGCCAAACUACCAGACAUUGGUUUGGAGAAAAUAGAUGGAUUAAGGUCUGCAUUAGAAGCACUUGAAUCAAGUCCUCGUUUUUGCUUUUGUUUACUUAAAAUAAUAAGUAGUGACGCUCAUCUCUGUACGAGUUUUUCCAGGGCAAAGUGCGAGACGAAGAAGAGUUACGACAAGGAUGACGAUGUCGAUGAGACAACUAAGAGAAGCAUUUCAAACAAAGAGAUUUAUCCAUUUAUUGAAAUAUUUCAAAAUGGAGGAAAUAUUUUAAAGAAAUACUUAAGUGACCAAUCAUAUAUUCCAAACAAGCACAUUGAAAAACUGGCACUUGAAAAACUUCUUUCAUUACUUCUUGAAAUAGAAGAUUUGGGAGAAAAAAUGUCAUACAAAAAGCCUGAGUUUAAGACUUGCAAGAAUGAAACAUCUUGGACUGUACGGCUGGCCCAUCAUAUUCUUUCACCGUUGGCAGUGUAUCAGCCGUAUGUGAUUGAUGACACAUCUAAAAAUAAAUGUGAUAUAUGUCAUUGUUGUAAAGAACCUAUAUCUGGAGUUUAUGGAGACACUAGUUUAGGAAAUAUAAAUGUAUGGCAUGGAAGUUUAGAUAUCCUUUUGGGAAGACGAGUUGGAAUGAAAAUUCAUGAUGAUGAAAUAUUUGAAGAUCAUGAAGGAAAACCAAGUACAUCUUCUUUUGAAAUAAAAGAUGGUGAUUCCUUAGUUGGAGAUAGGCAACAAAUAAUUGCAGAAACUAUUGUGUUUGCCUUUCUGCAGAAAAAGAUAAAUCCUGAUUUGAAACAUUUCUUGAUCCCAACAAUAGGUAUGUCAAAAACAGAUGUGCUGUUUUAUCUCUAUGAUACUGACCAUGAUGUUUUGCUGGAGAGUCCACCAUUUUUCAUUUUUGAAAAUAAUAGAGAGAUAUCAUAUGUAACAAUUCUUGCUUUGUGGCUUGCAAUAAAUUAUCCAAUACUGGGUACAGGAAUCACUACUCACAUCAAGAAUAGAUCAUUUACUGCUGACUUUCUUACACAUUUGAGAAAUAAGAAGGUUGAAACUAUUUAUGAAAAUGAAGUUCAGUUAGGACAACUGAAAGGAAAAGUAAGAGUUGAUCCUUACUAUUUACCAAAUGAUGGUGGGCGCUGGGUAGUCAAGAAAGGUGGUAUGCCACUUAAGGAGGCAGAGAAAAAUGUAUAAUGAUUUUUUACAUUGGAGAAACAUAGUUUGUCUGGAACAAUCCUGGUGAUACAUGGAUUUUACUAUCAUAACAUUUUAUUAUCUCACCUGACCUUGUGGUUAAGCUGUAGAGACCAUCCUCCGUCAGUUGUGUGGCUCGGGUAAUGUGAAAUUUUUCAGUGAAUAUUGAUCUUGGACAUUCAAUGUUAUGGUCAUUUGUCUCACACCACUGAUUCAGAAAUCAUAUGAAAUUAUUUAUGGGUCACUACAGGAUUAAUUGGUGAUAAUGGAUUCUAAUCAAGCAUGGCCAUUUGGUGGAUGGAUUGUUAAGAAAUAACCAAAAAUAGGUUGGAAUUGGUGUUAAAACCAGACAAAACAUAGCAUAUUAUCAUUUAUUUAGCACUUCAGUAUGACCUGAAGUUUAAAAUGACCUUGACUGUUGAGGUCAAAAUAUUGAAAUUUGCUUCAGACCACUUAUUUUUCAAAUGUCAAGGUUGCUGGUGGGGGUAUGAAUCACCUUUAGUGAUAGCUCUAGUUUACAUUAAACACUUAACUCAUUUUGAUUUAAAGAGUUCAUGUCCUCUACAAAUGGCUUCCAUUUUCAUUAUCAUAUGUAUUUGUAUAUGUUAGAUUGUAAGAAAUAGAACAAGUAGUGAUGGGAAAUUUCACGAAGAAUAAUCCAUGUCUACACAAUGUGCUUAUUUAGCUACAAAGCUCAAAUGGUACAUCAUCUAAAUAAAUAAAAUCAUUCUGACAAACAUAAAUGCAAAUUUACUUAACAAAAGUCAGUCGUUCCUGGUGAGCUAUUCAAGGCCACUACGCCCCUCUUGUUAAUUAAUUUUUUUGGGAAAACCCUCCUCUGCAACAACCAAUCUACAGCUUAGACAUUUGGCCUAGAGCAUUGUUUGCUUGAUCACUACAUUUUCUGUUCAGCUACCAUUUCUGAUUGAGACAUGACCAUGAGGUCAAAUUUGCCCCACCUUUGGAUCAUUUAAAUACAGUCAGAAAGGAAAAGCUUUAGAAUUCAUUUAAUCAACAAACCUCUGGCCUUUGUCCUUCAAACUUCACAGAUGCAUUGCUCUAGUUCAGAAGAUGACCCCUAUUGAGUUUUGGGUCAUGGGGUCAAAGGUCAAGAUCAUAUUAAACUUAAAUGUCAGAACUGUUUUCUACCAAUAACUCUACAACCCAUGGGCCAUUGGCCUUCAAGUUUCACAAGUGCAUUGGGCUUGGCCAGAAGAUAAUCCCCUAUAGAUUUUGGUGUCAAAGGUCAAGGUCACAUGUAUGACACAAAUCAGACCAUUAACUGGACAACCCCUUGGCCACAGCUUUGAAACUGCAUAUGGGCACUUUUAUAAAACAAAUAUGAUAUAACAUACAUUAUUAAAUUUUUCCUCAGCAUUUGACAAUUGAGCCUGAAACACUGAGAUCUCACAAAACAAAUCAUAUUUUUAUUUUUGCAUAUAAGCAACAUCGCAUGCAACUUCAGACAUGCUGAGGAGGGGGCUUUUUUUCUUGCCCAGUGGGCACAAGCAGCUUACUGGGCUAGAAAAGGAGUUUCAAAAAUGCAAAUUUAAAAUUCUUGUCUGAAAGUACAAGGCCCCCAGUUUUGAUAUUUGGUCCUACUAUAUAGGUCCUACUAAAGUUGGUCAAAUUUUGUCCCAGUGUAAAAAGGUUUUCAUUCCGCCACUGUCCUGUAUAUGUGUUCAUCUUUGGUUUCCUUUUACUUUAAAUUGUUAAAGUUAAUUUCUAAUUUCAAACCUUAACUGUGUCUGUUUUUCAUUGUCGGUUAUGACUGCUUUCUAGGACAAAAAUAAUUACAGCAAAGUUGAACCAUAGUACUAAAUAUUGCUGGAUCAGUGAUUGUCGUCCAUCCACAGUUUGUUAACACUCUAGCAGUCACAUUUAUUCCUCAAUCAUCAUGCAACUUAGUCAGAAUAUCUGACUCAUUAAUAUCUGGGAUGGGUGCGAUCAUGGAUGACGUCCAAUGAAAAACUAGGUCACAGGAGUUAAAAAUAGAAAAAUCUUGUUAACACUAGCAGUCACAUUUAUUCCUCAAUCAUCAUGAAACUUUGUCAGAAUAUCUGUCUCAUUAAUAUCUCAGAUGAGUUUGAUCAUGGGUGACCUCCGAUGAAAAAUUAGGUCACAGGAGUUAAAAAUAGAAAAAUCUUGUUAACACUAGCAGUCACAUUUAUUUCUCAGUCAUCAUGAAACUUUGUCAGAAUAUUUUUCUCAAUAAUAUCUCACAUGAGUUCGAUUAGGGUGACCACCAAUGAAAAACUAGGUCACAGGAGUUAAAAAUAGAAAAAUCUUGUUAACAUUGUAGAGACUAUAGUUACAGUCUAAAUGUCCUUAUGACAUUAUAUCUGCUUUUCUCUCAAAGCUAACAAUAUUAGUUGUUUCUUGUCAUUUAGAGCCUCAGUAAUCAGGUGAGCGAUAAAAGGGCCAUCAUGGCCCUCUUGUAUUAAUAUGUAUACAAAACAUAUGAAAAAAAAUUUUGAUUCUCCAUUUAAACAUAUUGCAAUGUACAAAUAGAGAUUAAGUAAAUCUUUGUGAAAAUAUUGAUAGAAUCCUUAUACAAUGUAUUUUGUAUAUCAUUUCAAAAUGGAAAUGAAUCCCUCAUAUAUGAUUUAUGUUUUAACAGCCAGUCUUGUUUUAUUUUAUGUUCCUCUUUUCAAAAUAUGAUAUUUAUCAGUUUGUUUUUACUAUCUAAUACUGAGGAUAUUCUAGGAGGUAGUCCACUUUAAUAGCUCUUGUUUUAAAAAUUGUAUCUUAUUUACUUUAAAUAUUACUGUCCUUUUAAUGAUGUUCCUUUGGCAAUCUAUUAUUUAAAACAAAUUAGAGAUCAAAGGGAAUUUGGUCCUCUUGUUUAGAGUAAACAAAUAUUAAAUACUUCAUUUUUUUUUCUCAAGGAGUUGAGAUGAGGAUAUUAAUGAAAUGAAAAUGAAAUUAAGUCAAAAUGAAUUAUUUUACCCCAAAACUGUUGUCGUUUGGACCUGUAUAUUAUUGUGACUAACACUGGAAUUUUUGAAAUAUGUAAUAUAUGUAUUUAUAUCUUAAAUAAUUAUAUAAAUAAAAAGAUUUCUAUGAUCUUAGAAUUGAAAUGAAUUAUUUAUAUCUCAAAUUAAUGAAAAAAUGCUUUUAUUUUUAUAAUGAUAUAUAUCUUACAUACAUAUAGUGUUUUGAAAUUGUCCCUCUAUAUGUUCAUCUGUCUGUCUUAUUUGUUUUCAUCAUUGUUCUUUAUGGACAUUUUAUGCCCCCGUUCAACGAAGUGGGGGUAUAUUGCUUUGCAUUUGUCUGUUGGUCUGUCUGUAGACCAAAUGGUUUCCGAUCAAAUAGCUAAAGAGUACCUAAGCCUUAGACCUUCAAACUUGGCAAGGGGGUUGGUCAUGACCAGUAGAUGACCACUAUUGGGCUUUUCAUCUAUAAACUUCAAGGGUGCAUUGAUCUUGGCCAAUAGAUGACCCCUAUUGAUUUUGGGGUUAAGGAUUCAAAGGUCAAGGUCAAAUUUACCUUGCAUGUAGAAAU